AUGGCUGCUGAUCUUUCUGCUACGGCGGCUUCUGAUCUGCCGAAAAGCGUGCAAGAAAUGUCCAUCAAUGGCAGCGAACCUCCACAAGAGUACAUCGUUAAAGAUGCCACGUUUGGUUCUGUAGUGUCUUCUCCACCGUUGGGUUCGAUUCCCAUUAUCAAUAUCAGCUUAUUCCUCCCAUCUUCAUCACAUGAUGCUGAGCAUGUGGAGAACGAGCUCCAGAAACUCAGAUCAGCUCUAAGCUCAUCAGGAUGCUUCCAGGCAAUAGGCCAUGGAAUUUCGAGUUCAUUUCUUGACAAGGUCCGUGGAGUUGCAAAACAAUUUUUCUCACUUCCAGUGGAAGAGAAGCAAAAGUACUCCCGAGCAGUAAAUGAGUCUGAAGGGUAUGGGAAUGAUGUAAUUGUCUCAGAAAAGCAAGUUCUUGACUGGUCCUAUCGCCUAACCCAAAGGGUUUUUCCAGAAGAUCGAAGAAGGCUCAAUCUUUGGGCGGAAAAUCCAACUGAUUUUGGGCCUCAUCAGGUUCUUGGGGUCAAACCUCAUACAGAUAGGUCAGGAGUUACAGUUCUCUUGCAAGAUGGAGAGGUUGAAGGCCUUCAGGUUUUGAUUGAAGACAAAUGGGUUAGAGUUCCCAUUGUUCCUCAUGCUCUUCUGGUAAAUCUUGGUGAACAAAUGCAGAUAAUGAGCAACGGGAUAUUCAAGAGUACUCCCAUGCACAGGGUUGUGACAAACACCGAAAAGAUGAGAAUGUCGGUGGCUAUGUUCAAUGAGCCGCAGCCGAACAGAGAGAUUGGACCGGUGGGGUGCUUGAUUGAUGAGAAGAGGCCCAGAUUAUGUAGAAAUGUUACGAAUUAUAGCGCUAUCAACUAUGAAUGCUUUCAGAAAGGCAAGAUUGCACUUGAAACUGUCCGAAUUUAA